AUGGAACGUGAGAGACGAGAACAACUUGAAAGAAUGAAACAAAGUCAGCAGCCAACACCAAAGACUUCACUCUCUGAGUCUAUGAAUAGGUUGUCUCUAAAUUCGGAUCAAAUUCAAUCCAUAAGUGAUAGUACCUUCAGUCAUUCCGAAAGAAUUGCUUUGCAACCUGACAAAUCAAGUCCUCAACAUAUCAAGACAAUUGAUUUAAACAACUUGACAGCAAAUACUGAGGCUAACAAGGAAAAUCCAGUGCACCAUCCUAUAACUUUAACCAACCUAAGCUCCUCCAUUGUAAUUAAUACUACCUCUAUCCUUUCUACCCAAUCCAAUUCUUCCUUUAACUGUAAUUACGAACAAUCAACAAAAACAAUUCCAAAAACUCCCCAAUCCCAAAAAACUAAGCAACUCUUUAAACGAAAGAUGAUUUCACCAAUGCAAAAUCUAUCUCUUGUCAAGGAAGAAGCUGAUGAAGAUUUAACAACUGUCUCAAAGAGACUCACAUUCGAGAAUACCACUACUGUGCGACAAACUGCAAUCCCAACACGAUUAAUUAAUGAAAGUAAGGUAAAGUUGUCAACACCUGAAAAGACUUUAACUAAGAGAAUUACCCUUCACAAAACAUCAAAUGUUAGAAAGGCUCCAGAUGUGCCUUGUUCCUUAAAAUUUGUUUUUUAA